AUGGUAGCAGAGGAGGUGGUGAUCACUCUCUCAGGAGGGGCUCCAUGGGGCUUCAGACUGCAAGGAGGAGCAGAGCACCAAACACCACUGCAGGUGCGACGGCGCAGUAAGGCAUGCAGGGCUGGCCUGAGGGAGGAGGAUGAGUUGGUUGCCAUUGGCGACCGUGUGUGUGCCGAGCUCAGCCACGCUCAGGCCAUGACCCUCAUCGAUUCCCACCGGCACACACUCAACCUCAGGAUCAAGAGGUCUAGGUCUGGGGUCCACACUGUGGCCGUGUCGGGUCGUACACCUACACAUAUAGCUACACACACAUACACACCGACACACCCAGUUCUCUCCCCCACUGACGGGCCAGCCUGCCUCACCAUCACCUCCCCCCCUGACAGUGAGGCCUACUAUGGAGAGACGGACAGUGACGCGGACACACACACACACACACACCGCCGUCAGCGACGCACACCUCCACAUACACGCUCUCCAGGUCGCCAGCAGCAGGAGGAGGAGACCUCGGAGUUGAGCGGAGAGGCGGAGGGAGAGGGAGACAGUGGUUUCCAGGAGGCAGGGUUGUGUGUGGGUCUGGCCUGCUCACCCCUGGUGUCUCCAGAGCGGGCUAAAGGAGCCAUGAUGCUGGGCUCCAGCCGACAGAUGGUUCCCAUGGUGGGCGCCCAGCUUACCCCAAUCAGUGAUGAUCUAUCUACCACGUACAAGGACAAGGCCAGGCAAGCCAAGCUGCAGAGAGGAGAGAGUGUGGUAGAGAAGCAGGUGAAAGAGGCUCGUACUAAAUGUCGUUCCAUCGCCUCCCUGCUCACCGACGCUCCGUACUCCAACUCCAAAGGGGUUCUCAUGUUCAAGAAGAGACGCCAGCGUGCCAAGAAGUACACCCUCACCUGUUUCGGCCGCGCGGAGGGGGAGGUGGGUCCUGAGACUGGGGGAGAGACGGAGGGAGAGGAGGAGGAGGGGAUUUCCUUCCUCUCGGGUUCAGAGGUGGAUGAAGAGGGCUUCGCUGGAACCUUUGACCCCACUUGGGACAGCGGAUACCUGGACCUGCUGGAUAGGAGGAGCUCCGCCUGUCCAUCCACCUAUAACUCAAGGUCCCAAACACCAACCAAUCAGAGCUCAGGGUUGGAUUCCUCGGCUUACCAGAGCCCAGAGAUGAAUGUGUCAAUCAAUCAGGGCUCUGUGACGAAUGCCCCGGCCUAUCAGAGCCCAGGGCUGGACUCCAUUGCCUAUCAGGGGAAAGAGACAGAGCAGUAUGAGCAGCAAAGGAAAAUGGCCACCCAUGUCGCCUAUAACCCCGCCCCUAACCCCUCCCCGGCCGCAGGUUUGUCAAACGGGGGCCCUGUAGGGGUGAGUCGGGCCAGUGUGGUUCUGACCCCCCCCUCUCACACACCUAUCCUCCAGCCUGACCUAAACCCUAACCUUAACCCGCCUGGAGGGAUCCAUAACCGCACGGCAUGCCCCUUCACCUCAGGCCUCGCCCCAUCUCGCCCUCCAGCCACCCCUGUCAUCUUUCGACCCAUCCAGCCCACUCCUGCCGUAACAAUGGUUUCCAAACCCACCUCUGCGGUAUCCAUGGUGACCAUUGCCCCUCCUCGCCCUUCAGGGGGGCCCCAGGCAAGGAGAGCGGUCUCCAGUACCUCUCUCUACAUCCCCCCUAGACCUGCUGCAGCAAUCCUCUCUCCUCCUCCCUCUUUGGCCUCAGCUCCCUUCUCUCUUACCUACACUCCCUCUCAACCUUUCACUUCUCCCUCUACCCAACCCCCUCCUCCCCUGACCUUCAACCCCUAUGUUGCCAUAGCGACCCCCUCCACUGCCCAGCCCCCAUCCUCUGAUUCGCUGUCCUCCCGUGAACAGCGUAUCGCUGUCCCCGCCUCCAGAACAGGCAUACUUGCGGAGGCACGUCGUCGCAGCAACAAGAAGCCCAUGUUCCGUCCGUCUGUGGAGAACAAGAAGGAUGUGUCUCCCAACCCGGCCCUGCUCGAACUGCUCCAAAACCCGGACGCACCAACCAGGAUGGGUCCACGCCCCGGUCCCGGUCCCGGCUCCAUGGGGCCUAGUGGAGGAGUGGGAGGUGUGGAGACUGGAGGUGAGUCUGGCCCUGAAGAGGACUGGUUGAGGCUGGGGGCUGAGGCCUGUAACUUCAUGCAGGCCCGGAGAGGCCCCAAGCCCCCUCCUGUGGCCCCUAAAACGCAGGGCCCUCCACAGCUACCCCAGUUAGCGGGGAAGGGGGGUCAGCUGUUCGCCCGUAGGCAGAGCAGGAUGGAUCGCUAUGUGGUGGAGAGCACCCCCUCCUCACCCCAACCCUCUCCCGGCCACCCCCGCCAGCCCUCUCCCACCCCCUCCCUCCCCUCUCAAUUCAGAUACUCCUCCAGCUGCAGAGCCCCCCCUCCCAUCAGCUACAACCCCCUCCUCUCCCCCUCCUGCCCUCCCCAGGCCCAGCGCCAGAGGGCGGGGGUUGCAGGGCAGGGUGGGAGACCAGCGGGGCAAAAAGACGCUCCUGGGGGUCAGAAGGCUCAAGGCAUCAAGGCUCUGGACUUUAUGAGUCACCAGCCCUACCAGCUAAACUCCUCCCUCUUCAGUUACGGGGGCGGGACUCCCCAGCAAGCACAGGCCUAUCAACAGCAGACUGGCGGCUCCUACGGGCCAAUCAAGACGCCACGUGUGUAUGAGAUCAAGCGCUUCUCCACGCCACCUCCCACAGGCCCCUCUCCUACGAUCAUUGUCCCACGGUCAGCAACCACACUGGGAGAACCGCUGUGGAGGUCUGAUAUCAUUUCCCCUCUGCCCACAGCCACUUCCUGCUACCAAUCCCCCUCUAACACCCCCUACCAGCUUCAGUCCCAGUGGGUCCCUCCUCCUCCAGCCCCGACCGUCCCCCUCCCUCAGCUCCCUAGCUUCCCCUCUGCCCAUGUCCCUAACCCUCACCCCUACCCCUCCGAGCCCCACGCCCCUCAACAGGGUAACAGGCAAUUUAAGAGCGCCCCUGAUCUCAGUCCUCCUGCCCACACCCCACCUCGCCCCGCCUCCACCAAGCCCUCCAGAGUGCCUCGCCCCAGAUUCAGCACCUCUAACCUGGGUCUGCAACCCAGUGUCUGGCGCCCCGGAUCCACCACGCACUGAGGUUGCAGGUCAUGAAUUGGCACGAAAUGACAGGAAUAUAAAUCCCCCCACAUUCUGUUGUGAUUUUGGUUUUUGGUCUUUGUCACGUCAAAGAAGAUGUUAGUUUGGUGCAUUGCAGGAUUUGAUUGAUUUCUUGUUUGGGCACUAUUGCAACUCUUGGAUCACACCACGCAUUUCAUCAUUUUUCUUCUUAUGAUCAUUUG